GGGGGGGCCUCCUGGCGCAGGCGUCUUCCCAGCCGACUUUGCCAGAGCUGCUUUCUCCACAACCUGCUGGAGUUUGCAAUCUGAAGGCCUUCUCUCCCCGGCUGAGGAACUAGCAGGGACCCCUGCCCACGUUCAGAACAGCUCCUCCAGCGCGGCAAGGGCCGUCCACGCGGGCCCUCCGCCGUGGCCAAGAUCGUGGCCGCUCCGGGAGGGAAGCCGGGGCGCGGCGGUCCCGCACAGGCCAGCCCGGGGCGGAGGCCCGUUCCCAUAGGGAUCGCGGGCGGGCCGGCGGCCACCCAGCCGGGGGAGAGUCUGCGAGGCGGGAGCGAGGUCAGGCCCGGCAGCCGCGGCGCUGUCCUUGACAAAGACCCAUCGUUGAGUGGGGCACUAGUGCAAGCUUCAUGCUGAUAUUUUAUCAGCGACAUUGUCAAACUAUGUGAAGAUUCAUUUUAAGAAGAUUUAUUUAUCUGUGAUGGAGAAGUAUGAAAAAAUUGGGAAAAUAGGCGAAGGAUCCUAUGGAGUUGUUUUCAAAUGCAGAAAUAGAGACACGGGUCAGAUUGUGGCCAUCAAGAGGUUUUUGGAAUCCGAAGAUGACCCUGUGAUAAAGAAAAUCGCCCUUCGAGAAAUCCGCAUGCUAAAGCGACUCAAGCAUCCCAACCUUGUCAACCUCAUUGAAGUCUUCAGGAGAAAGAAGAAGCUUCACCUGGUGUUUGAGUACUGUGACCACACUGUGCUCCACGAGCUGGACAGACAUCAAAGAGGGGUACCAGAACAUCUCGUGAAGAGCAUAACUUGGCAGACAUUGCAAGCUAUAAAUUUUUGCCAUAAACACAAUUGCAUACACAGAGACGUGAAGCCAGAAAACAUCCUCAUCACAAAACAUUCAGUGAUUAAGCUUUGUGACUUUGGAUUUGCUCGGCUUUUGACUGGACCAAGUGACUACUACACCGACUAUGUGGCUACCAGGUGGUACCGCUCCCCGGAGCUGUUGGUGGGGGACACCCAGUAUGGCCCCCCAGUAGAUGUUUGGGCAAUUGGCUGUGUCUUUGCUGAGCUGCUAUCGGGGAUGCCUCUGUGGCCUGGAAAAUCAGAUGUGGAUCAGCUCUAUCUGAUUAGGAAAACCUUGGGAGACCUCAUUCCUAGGCACCAGCAGGUGUUUAGCAUGAAUCAGUACUUCAGUGGGGUAGAAAUUCCAGACCCCGAAGAUAUGGAACCACUUGAAUUAAAAUUUCCAAACAUCUCUUAUCCUGCCCUGGGGCUCUUAAAGGGCUGUCUACACAUGAAUCCUGUUGAGAGACUGACAUGUGAGCAGCUGUUGCAGCAUCCAUAUUUUGACAGCAUCAGAGAAUCAGGAGAUUUGGCCAAAGAGCAUGAGAAACCAACAAGGAAGACCCUGAGACAGAGUCGAAAGCACCUGCCAGGGUUGCAAUACCUACCUCAGCUGACUAGCAGCAGCAUCCUUCCAGCUUUGGAUAAUAAGAAAUACUACUGUAACACCAAGAAACUUAACUACCGUUUUCCAAACAUUUGAAGAGCUUGGAGGUUGAUGAUGAAGAAUUGAUCAAAAAUUUGAAGAAAAUAAAACAUACAUUUGAUUGAAAAAACUCACAAUGUUGAAAAAAUAUCAGCAGAAAACGUAGGUAACUAACUGGGGAAGGCCACUUGGCAAGAUGUGACGGGAAAUUCCAGAGGCAGCCUUCCAUGCAAUGAUGGUGUCCAGAACAGAAAAGAAAAACUUGUUUGGAUUUUCACUUGUAUUUUUGUUGUAUCUAAGUAGCGGAGCUUAUGGACAGAGUACAAACUGUAUCUAUUGCCCACACCCUUGGCAAAAUUAGAGAUGCAAAUUUGAAAAGAUUUCUGCUUCAUUGUACCAUAUGCAACAACUGAGAAAUGGAUUACAGAACGCCCGUGUAUUUCCUUGGACUUCUGUUGCCUGGAGUUCUGUCUCCUCCUGCUUUUCAGAUUGUCUCAUCAUAUUUAAGAAGAGCUUUAGUUCUUGAAAUCAAAGUGCUUAAAAUUCCAUUUUCUCCUUGCUCUAGCCCACGAUUUUUAUAUUUAAAAAUUUUUUGAAUAUUUGAGUUGUUCAAAAUAUUUAAAAUCUGUGGAUUAUCAUAAAAGACUAAUUUAGGUGCUUAUAUAUUUAAUGAUAUGUUUAUGGACAUUUCUUACCUAUACUUUUGUCUUUACCUUUAGUAAAGGAUGUAUAUUAGUCACUUUUGCAGGCAAGUUAGAUUUAUUAUAAUCCAUCUACACUCAUUCACCCAAUUCUCCUUUGCAGACAAUGGCUUGAAGCUUGGCAGCUGACCAAGGGGUAGAACAAGAUUUACAGGCUUCACAGUACCUGGGUCUGCCAGCCUGAAAGUAAUUAGUACUUCUUUCUUCCCAGCUCAGCCCCAGACUUGGAGACAGAUCUACAGGGAGGACUAUCUAUAUACAUUGAUCUGGGUUUUGGAAGAAACUGUUUCUGAGCUUUCAUGUGAGUCAUAAAAGACAUUAGGUUAUAAGCUGAUGUUUUUCCUGAAAUACCUUUUUAUACUACGUGCUUGUGUAUAUAUAUAGUGUGUGGGUACAUAUAGUACACAUGCAUAUAUAUGUGUAUAUAUACCAACCUAACAACUAAAAGAAUAACAGCUAGUAAGAAAAUAGUCCAAAAUGGUUAUUAUUAUUCCUAAGCUUUGUACAGUCAUACUUAAAAUGAUGACAUAUAAUUGCUUUGAUUUGGCCUAUUGCUCCUAUUCAAAAGCUUUUGGAUCCUGGACCCAAGGGCAGUAUGAAACUGAUGUCUGUCUCUUAUAGCUCAACCACAUUUUUGGUGAUAUGCUGCUAUUUCCUAGCAGUUCUCAGCCAUAAUUUUUUUUUUCAUUUUUCAGCUGCACCUGUUGCAAUAUGGAAGUUUCUGGGCCAGGGAUCAAAUCUGAGCCACAGCUGCAGCAACGCUGGAUCCUUAACCUACUGUGCCAUAGCGGGAAUUCCUCAGUCCUGAUUUUUGAAGACGUAUUUUACUGUAUCUUGAAAACAUUUCUUCUGCUAUGGUUUAAUUUUGUUCAUGAGAGCAAAAUUAAAACAUAGUUUACUGCUACGGUAAUUUUGUUCAUGAGAGCAUUUUACCUUAUUCACUUACUGCUAAGUAAUCUGCCAAAUUCUGGCAUCUGUUCUGUAAUUUUGGCUCCCCUAGCCAGUUUACUUAUUUAUUUAUAUAUUUCUUUUUAGGGCCGCACUUGUGCUAUAUGGAAGUUCCCAGGCUAGGGGUUGAAUAGGAGCUGUACCUGCUGGCCUGUGUCACAGCCACGUGGGAUCGAGCAGUGUCUGUGACCUACACCACAGCUCAACAGCAACACCAGAUCCUUAACCCACUGAGCGAGGCCAGGGAUCAAACCCACGUCCUCAUGGAUCCUGGUCAUGUUUGUUUUGGCAGAGCCACAACGCAAACUCCUCCCCUAGCCAGUUUAAUUACAUCCUGAGGCUCCUGAUGUAUGCAGCUUAUUGCAUAGAGGUGAUAGCAGGUUUAAUGCUAGUCACAGUAUUAACUAAUUCUUAAUAUGUAGACGUGAUUCAAAUGACAAAGAAGGACAUCCAGCUUCUGUGAAUAGUUUAUCUUUUGUGGGGUCUUUUUCCUUAUCCCAAAUACUGCACUUGACAAGGCAGACGAUUAUAUCUGCCUAAUUUAUCUAGCAGUUUUUUUUUUGUCUUUGUCUUUGCCAUUUCUUGGGCCGCUCCCGCAGCAUAUGGAGGUUCCCAGGCUAGGGGGUCAAAUCGGAGCUGUAGCCACUGGCCUAUGCAAGAGCCACAGCAACAUGGGAUCCGAGCCGCAUCUGCAACCCACACCACAGCUCAUGGCAAUGCCGGAUCAUCAACCCACUGAGCAAGGGCAGGGACCGAACCCGCAACCUCAUGGUUCCUAGUCGGAUUCGUUAACCACUGCACCACGACAGGAACUCCUAUCUAGCAGUUUUAAAGAACACCAUUCAGAAUAGAAAAGUAGCUCCAGACUAAACUGUGGUGAAUCAGUUACUUUACCACAUAGUAAUCAAGCAAGCCUGAGAUAGACGUGGUCAUGUUUUUCUAAUGAGUCCUAGUAAAUGUACACUUAUACUUAAUUUAACCGAAACUAUGAUCCCUUCUUCAGCAUGUAAUCACCACUGUUUCACAUGAGACUAUUGUACAUUCUUUUCUUUUUUAAAAUCUACUAUCUUCUGAUUUUUUAAAUGACGAUGGCAAUUAUAUUAAUAAACAAUAUACCCUUUAUGG